AUGAAAAUUAUAUUAUUGCUUAUUUUAAGUAUAUAUUUUUAUUCUCCAUUAGUUUCAACACAAGAUGAGAGCAAUGCAGAUCCAGUAAUUUGCAAUAUAGCUGGACAAAUGUGGAACAGUUCUUAUAUAUUUAAUAUAAAUGAAUUACCGGGACGUUGUGAUAUAUUUAUAGUAGGUCAAUUUGCUUUUGACCGUGACGAUUGUACCUAUGUAAUGGAAGCAGAUGAAAAUAUAAUACAAAGUUUGUCAGAAGCUAACAAAAUUGUUUUCUUAAGCAUCGGGUUCAUAGAUGAAGAUGAUUGGGGCACAAUUUUUGAUCCUCCGGAUAUAGAUUUAUACAAUACUCAAAAAUUUAAUCCAUUGGUCGAUUUUUUAAAUAAAUACAAAAUUGGUGGUCUUAUUAUUAAUUGCCGAGAUAUAUAUGUUAAAAUAGAAAAUUUGGCACAGAAAAUAGGUGACUUUGCCGCUUCCAUUAAAAAAGAAAUAGAUGGAUUAAUAGUUGGUUUAAUCAUAACUGGUUUGAACUAUGAAAUGUUUCCAAAUAAUACACUUUUUGAUUUUACAUUUACAAAUGAUAUUUUGGAUACUUAUUUCAUUGAUUUUUCAUUUUUAAACGAAUGUAAUGAAAAUUCAAAAAAAACUGGUACGAGUCCAAUAACUAGUGAAACUAUGACAUCUAUAGAACAAGUCACUUGUGCUGUAAUGAGUUCAUCUAUGGAUAAAUCAAAAAUUUAUGCUUUGAUACAAGUAACUGUUACUAUUCCAAAAUCACUUGUUGCAGAAUUCGAUAAAGAGAUCACAACUUAUUCAAUAUAUUGUGGCAGUAACGAUCUAGCUAAUUCACACCAGUUGUGUGUGAACCCUUCAAAGCUUUCAUAUGAUCAAGGAGCUUAUGCAAAACAAUUCUACAUUGGAAUAUUCCUAGAUAGUCUGGAUGCAGAUGAUUAUGAAUGCAGUUGUGGUUGCGGAAAAUUCCCAGUGUCAAAUACAAUUAUUGAUGGGUGGAAAUCAUGUACUUUUACGGAAUGUUCUAAAAUAGAUGAAUGUUAA